AGGAGGAGGAGGAGUAGGAAGGGGGGUGGGAGGAACUUGUAGUUGAAGUCCCAGCCUGCCGCUUUCAUUCAGAACUCAGAAGGCAGCAGGUGAACACCUCUGAACGCGCGUUCACCCUGUCUCUGCUGGAUUUACCUGUUUCUCAACCCAAACUGAGGAUAUUUCACUCCGAGCCAACAUCAAACUGCGGAUCUAUGCGAACCCAAGCACGUUAGUCCAGUUGAAGAGGAGGAAUGUCUCGUUUCUUUGUGAAACUAGCAUUUCUGAUUCCAGCAAUCGUCCUCUCACAAGGUGUCCCAGUGACUACGUAGGUGACCGGUGCCAGUAUCCCAGCCCAUGCAGCCCUUCACCUUGCCGCAAUGGUGGCAAAUGCCAACCCGUUUCACAUGGCAACACCUUUGAUUUCCACUGCGUAUGCCGCCUGGGUUUUACCGACAGACUGUGCCUGACCCCCACGAACCAUGCCUGCAUGAACUCACCCUGUCGCAAUGGAGGAACAUGUGAACUCAUUAGUCUUUCUGUCUUCCGCUGCAACUGCCCACCAGGAUGGUCAGGCAAGACCUGUCAGACUCCCAACCCCUGCGCUUCCAAUCCAUGCGCCAAUGGAGGCCAGUGCUCAGCCCUAGAUUCUACCUACAAGUGCACCUGCCCCCCAACAUUCCAAGGCCAAACCUGCAAGCUGGACGUAAACGAGUGUGCCCAGACUCCCUCUCUGUGUCUUAACGGUGGCAUCUGCGUGAAUGAGGUUGGCUCUUACUAUUGCCGCUGUCCUCAAGAGUUCGCUGGUCAGCACUGCGAGACCGCUUACCAGCCGUGCAGCCCUUCACCAUGCCUGAACGGAGGAACUUGUGUCCAGAAGGGAGAAACCACCUUCGACUGCAGCUGCCUUCUAGGCUUUACAGGGCAGCACUGCGAGCAGAACAUCGAUGACUGUCCAAAUCACAACUGCCAAAACGGUGGUGUAUGUGUGGAUGGGGUGAACACUUACAACUGCCAGUGCCCACCUCAUUACACAGGUCAGUAUUGUACAGAAAACGUGGACGAGUGUGAGUUGAUGCCCGACGCCUGUCAGAAUGGAGGAACGUGCCACGACACGCACGGCGGCUACCACUGCGUUUGCGUCAACGGCUGGAUGGGGGACGACUGCAGCGAGAACAUCGACGACUGUGCCAGCGCGGCCUGCUAUCAGGGCGCCACCUGCCACGACCGAGUGGCCUCGUUCUUCUGCGAGUGUCCUCACGGUCGCACAGGUCUGCUGUGCCACCUUGAUGAUGCCUGCAUCAGCAACCCAUGUCAAAAGGGUUCUAAUUGUGACACCAACCCAGUAAAUGGCAAAGCAAUCUGCACAUGUCCACCAGGUUAUACUGGAUCAGCCUGCAACUCGGAUAUUGAUGAGUGUGCCCUUGGUGCCAAUCCUUGUGAGCACGGUGGUCGCUGCCUCAACACCAAAGGCUCCUUCCAGUGCAAGUGUCUUCAAGGAUAUGACGGACCUCGCUGCGAGAUGGAUGUCAAUGAAUGCAUGUCCAAUCCCUGCCAUAAUGAUGCCACCUGCCUAGACCAGAUUGGAGGGUUCCACUGCAUCUGUAUGCCAGGGUACGAGGGCGUGUUCUGCCACAUCAACACAGAUGAGUGUGCCAGCCAGCCUUGUCUCAACAGCGGCAAGUGCAUCGACAAGAUCAACUCCUUCCACUGCGAGUGUCCCAAAGGGUUUUCAGGAAACCUGUGCCAGGUGGAUAUUGAUGAGUGUGCCAGCACCCCCUGCAAGAAUGGAGCUAAGUGUACUGAUGGACCCAAUAAGUACACAUGUGAAUGUGCUGAAGGUUACACAGGGCAGCACUGUGAGAUUGACAUCAAUGAGUGCUACUCUGAUCCCUGCCACUAUGGCACAUGUAAGGAUGGCCUGGCCUCGUUCACUUGCUACUGCCGCCCUGGCUACACUGGCCGCUUGUGUGAGACCAACAUCAAUGAGUGUCUCAGUCAGCCCUGUAGAAACGGUGGCACUUGCCAGGACAGGGAGAACUCGUACUUCUGUUCCUGCCCUAGAGGCACCACAGGCUUGAACUGCGAGGUGAACCUGGACGACUGUAAGAGCAAGCCCUGCGACUUUGGGAAGUGCAUCGACAAAAUCAAUGGCUACGAGUGUGCCUGCGAGCCAGGCUACACAGGCACUAUGUGUAAUAUCAACAUUGAUGACUGUGCCAUCAACCCCUGUCACAACGGUGGCACAUGUGUUGAUGGCGUCAACAGCUUCACGUGUCUCUGUCCAGAGGGUUACAAUGAUGCCACCUGUUUGUCCCAGGUGAACGAGUGUGUCAGCAACCCCUGUAUCCAUGGCCGAUGUCAAGACCUUGUAAAUGGCUACAAAUGUAGCUGUGACUCUGGCUGGAGUGGCCAGAACUGUGACAUUAACAACAACGAAUGUGAGUCCAACCCUUGCAUGAAUGGGGGAACCUGCAAAGACAUGACCAGCGGAUACCACUGCACAUGCAGAGUCGGCUUCACUGGACCGAACUGCCAAACUAACAUCAAUGAGUGUGCAUCCAAUCCCUGCCUCAAUCAGGGAACCUGUAUUGAUGAUGUGGCUGGAUACAAAUGCAACUGUUUACUGCCAUACACUGGUGUAAACUGUGAGACCCUGCUGGCCCCCUGCAGCCCUCGGCCAUGUAAAAACGGUGGCAUGUGCAAAGAGGCUGAAGACUACCAAAGCUUCUCCUGCAUCUGCCCUGAAGGAUGGCAAGGUCAGACGUGUGAAAUCGACAUCAACGAAUGUGUAAAACAUCCAUGCCGCAAUGGUGCUGUGUGCCUUAACACCAUGGGUGGCUACCAGUGCAAGUGCAAGGCGGGUUACACUGGCAGGAAGUGUGAGACAGACGUUGAUGACUGCAAACCAAACCCUUGCAGUAAUGGAGGACUGUGCCACGAUAGCAUCAACAGCUUCGCGUGUACCUGUCUGCCAGGGUUCCGUGGCAGCCGCUGUGAGCAGGACAUUAACGAAUGUGAGAGUAACCCGUGCAAGAAUGGAGCCAACUGUACCGACUGCGUCAACAGCUACACCUGCACCUGCCCGCCGGGCUUUAGUGGCAUCAACUGUGAGAUCAAUACUAACGACUGCACUGACAGUUCUUGCUUCAACGGCGGCACCUGUGUUGAUGGAAUUAAUACCUUCACCUGCCUAUGUCUAACUGGAUUCACUGGCAGCUAUUGUCAAUAUGAUAUAAAUGAGUGUGACUCCAAGCCGUGUCUCAAUGGAGGCACCUGUCUUGACGGUUAUGGGACAUACAAGUGCACCUGUCCUCAUGGCUACACUGGAGCCAAUUGCCAGAAUCUGGUGCACUGGUGUGACUCCUCUCCAUGUAAAAACGGAGGCUCAUGCUGGCAGCAGGGAGCCUCUUACACCUGCCAGUGUCAGACUGGGUGGACUGGUCUGUACUGCGACAUCCCUAGUGUGUCUUGUGAGGUCGCAGCCAAACAACAAGGCGUUGAGGUGUCUCAGUUGUGCAGGAAUUCCGGACAGUGUCUAGAUGCAGGAAACACACAUUACUGUCGCUGCCAAGUCGGCUACACGGGGAGUUACUGCCAGGAUCAGGUGGAUGAGUGUUCACCCAAUCCUUGCCAGAACGGAGCCAUCUGCACAGAUUACUUAGGAGGUUACAGUUGUGAGUGCGUCCCUGGUUACCACGGUGUGAACUGCUCAAAAGAAAUCAAUGAAUGUCAGUCUCAACCCUGCCAGAAUGGAGGCACAUGCAUCGACCUCAUCAACACUUACAAAUGCUCCUGCCCCAGGGGAACACAAGGUGUCCACUGUGAGAUUAAUUUAGAUGACUGCAACCCACUUAUUGAUCCAUUCACAAAAGAACCCAAGUGUUUCAACAACGGCAAGUGUGUGGACCGCAUCGGAGGCUACCAGUGUGUGUGUCCGCCAGGUUACGUCGGUGAACGCUGCGAGGGGGAUGUCAACGAGUGCCUGUCAGAUCCCUGUGACCCUAGAGGGUCGUACAACUGCAUCCAGCUCACAAAUAGCUAUCGCUGCGAAUGCCGAACCGGAUAUACAGGUCAGCGUUGUGACAAGGUGUUUGAUGGCUGCAAGGGAAGACCCUGCAGGAACGGAGGGACUUGUGCUGUUGCCAGUAACACGCCCCAUGGUUUCAUCUGCAAAUGUCCUCCUGGCUUCACCGGCUCCUCUUGCGAGUAUGAUUCUCGCUCCUGUGGCAGUCUGAAUUGCAGGAAUGGCGGUACGUGUGUGUCAGGGCACCUGGGCCCGCGCUGUAUGUGCCCCUCCACCUUCACAGGUCCCGAGUGUCUGACUCCCACCGACAGCCUCUGCAUCUCCAACCCCUGCUACAACGGAGGCACUUGCCAGAACACCCCCGACGCUCCCUUUUUCCAGUGCAGCUGCCCGAGUAACUUCAACGGCCUUCUUUGUCACAUACUGGACUACUCCUUUGUCGGGGGAUUUGGCCGAGACAUCACCCCACCUCCGGAAGUGGAGGUGAGCUGUGAGAUCCCGCAGUGUGACGAGUGGGCGGGCAACCACAUCUGCGAUUCUCUGUGCAACAACCACGCCUGCGGCUGGGACGGAGGAGACUGCUCGCUGAAUUUUGAUGAUCCGUGGCAAAACUGCUCUGCUGCUCUGCAGUGCUGGCGUUACUUCAACAAUGGGAAGUGUGAUGGUCAAUGUAACAGCCCAGGGUGUCUUUAUGAUGGCUUUGAUUGCCAAGGACAGGAAGGACAGUGCAACCCUUUGUAUGAUCAGUACUGUAAAGACCACUAUGCCGAUGAUCACUGCGACCAGGGCUGCAACAAUGCGGAAUGUGAAUGGGAUGGCCUUGACUGUGCCAACAAUAUGCCAGAGAAGCUGGCAGAUGGACACUUAGUCCUGGUUGUCCAUAUUACGCCAGAGCACCUAAAAAACCGGUCCUCAGCCUUCCUCAGAGAGCUGAGCAGCGUCCUCCACACCAACGUCGUGUUCCGCCGGGAUGCCAAAGGGGAGCCCAUGAUCUUUCCUUACUAUGGCAAUGAACAAGACCUGGUCAAACACAAUAUGCUGAAGCGCUCUGCCGAUGGCUGGCCUGAGUGGACCGCAAUGCCAGCCAAUGUUUUGGGUACGGUGAAGGAAAGUGUGUCUUCCAUGGUUAGUCCAAGGAAACGCAGAGAGCUGGAUCCCUUACAAGCCAAAGGGUCUAUUGUAUAUCUGGAGAUUGACAACCGCCAGUGUUACCAGCAGUCCACUGAAUGUUUCCAGAGCGCAACAGAUGUGGCUGCAUUUCUUGGCGCACUGGCCACCAGUGGGAAUCUCAAUGUCCCCUAUAUUGAGGCUGUUACAAGCGUGAGACCUACUCCCAAGAAUACAGAGCUCUACCCCAUGUAUGUAGUCUUCUUGGGUCUGGCUGCUUUGGGUUUCCUCUGCCUGGGUGUUCUAGUUUCUCGUAAGCGGCGGCGAGAACAUGGCCAGCUCUGGUUUCCUGAGGGAUUCAAAGCAUCAGAGCCUAGCAAAAAGAAACGCAGAGAGCCACUGGGAGAGGAUUCUGUUGGACUCAAACCAAUGAAAAACGACAUCAAUCUUAUGGAUGACAAUCAAAAUGAAUGGGGUGAUGAUGAUCCAGACUGUAAGCACUUCAGGUUUGAGGAGCAGGCCAUGUUGGCUUUGAGAGAUCAAGCUGACCAGAGGAAAUGGACCCAGCAGCAUCUGGAUGCAGCUGACCUCAGGAUGGCAUCUAUUGCUCCUACACCUCCUCAAGGAGAGAUAGAGAAUGACUGCAUGGAUGUCAAUGUCAGAGGACCAGAUGGCUUCACUCCACUGAUGAUCGCCUCCUGCAGUGGUGGAGGACUAGAGACUGGUAACAGUGAAGAGGAAGAAGAUCCAUCAGCAGAAAUCAUCUCGGACUUCAUUUACCAAGGCGCCAACCUCCAUAACCAGACUGACCGCACGGGUGAGACUGCGCUCCACCUGGCCGCCCGUUACGCUCGCUCUGAUGCUGCCAAACGCCUCCUGGAAUCCAGUGCCGAUGCCAACGUUCAGGACAACAUGGGUCGCACGCCGCUUCACGCCGCUGUGGCUGCGGACGCGCAGGGAGUGUUUCAGAUUUUAAUCCGAAACCGUGCCACCGAUCUCGAUGCCCGCAUGCAUGACGGGACGACCCCGCUGAUCCUAGCUGCCCGAUUGGCGGUUGAUGGCAUGGUGGAAGAACUUCUCAACUGCCACGCGGAUGCUAAUGCCACUGAUGAUACUGGUAAAUCUGCUCUUCACUGGGCUGCGGCUGUGAACAACGUGGAAGCUGCCAUGGUGCUGUUGAAAAGUGGAGCCAACAAAGACAUGCAGGACAACAAGGAGGAGACGCCGCUGUUCCUUGCAGCUCGUGAAGGCAGUUACGAGACGGCAAGGGUGCUUCUGGAGCACUUUGCCAAUCGCGAAAUCACCGACCACCUUGACCAGCUGCCGCGGGACAUUGCUCAGGAGCGCAUGCACCAUGACAUCGUCAGGCUUCUGGACGAGUACAACGUGGUCAGGAGUCCUGGGCUUCACAGCGCCCCCUUAAGCACCUCCACCCUCUCUCCUCCUCUCUGCUCCCCCGGUGACUAUCUCAGCAACCUCAAGCCUACCCCUUCUGUCAAGAAGCCUCGAAAACAAGGCUCAGUUGGGAAAGGGGGAAAGGACGGGGGCAAGGAUAAUAGAGUGAAGAAGAAAAAGUCGCUGGAUGGGAAGAACAAUUUGCUCGACACGUCGGCCGUUCUCUCCCCCGUCGAUUCGCUCGAGUCACCUCACGGCUACCUGUCAGACGUAGCUUCUCCUCCAAUGGCGUCACCUUUCCAGCAGUCACCUCCUAUGUCUUUAAAUCACCUACAAGGCAGUGGGGAUUCUCAUUCUGGGCAAAUUAGCAUGGGUAAAGAUAUGGGUUGCAUGUCUUUUGACCCUCCACGCCUUUCCCACUUGCCCGUGUCCAGCCCCACCUCUCAGGGCACGGCAUCCAUAGGCGGCAGCAGAGGAGGUCAGUGGAUGGUUCCCGGCCUGAGCCACCAAGGAGGUUUUACCCAAGGACCAUCCAUAACACACGGCAUGCUGGGCGCCUUGCACAGUGUCAGCACUGCCACCUUGUCGCAGAUCAUGGGCUACCAGAACCUGCAGACCAGCCACCCCGGCUCGUCUGCACACAUGAUGCAGCAGGCUCACCCCCGGCAGCUCCAGCACCAGAACUCCAGCUCCGCCACGGCCGGUCAAGCCCUCACCCAGGGCUUCCCGAGCAUCGAGCUGAGCGGCUCCGACAUGCAGCAGAGCGGUGGCUCGGGUCGCUCGAUGGCCAUCCACACCAUCAUGCCGCAGGAGACGCAGAUGCUCGGCACCCAGUUUCUCACGCCCCCCUCCCAACAUAGCUACUCAGGCCCUAUGGACAACACGCCUAAUCACCAGCUGCAAGUUCCCGACCACCCGUUUCUAACACCCUCCCCUGGUUCACCCGACCAGUGGUCCAGCUCGUCCCCACAUUCCAACCUGUCGGACUGGUCAGAGGGCAUCUCCAGCCCGCCCACAAGUAUCCACUCGCAGAUGAAUCUAAUCCCAGACAAGUUUAAAUAAAGGCUUAGUUGGACUCGGAAAUCAUCAGAAACCCAUUUCUGUCAGAAAGAAAGUAGCAAACUUGCUUCCAAACAGAAGAUUCUCAUUUUUAUCAUGAGUUUUUGUACUAAUAAGAGCAGUUUUAGUAAUUUGUAUUUAUUUAUGUACUUUUUUUGACUUGAAAAAAGAUUUUAUAUUUAUGCUUUUUGUUUAUUUUAUUAGUUUUUAUGUAUGGCGAUUUAGAAACUAUUGAAAAAGGAGUGAACGACACAAAGAAAGCCUCCUUGACGUGUACACUGGUUAUUUAUUUGUCUUGCGUUGACGUAUUCACUGAAUUUGUUUUAUUGUCUCGGCACAACAGUUCGAAAGAAAAAAGGGUUUUGUGUUGCUUUAUCUUUGUACAGACAUCUUUUGUUUUUUUAUUUUUUAGAGACUAUUUUAAAAUUUCAGUAUUAAUUAAAUCUAUUUUAAUCUCUUUUUGAUUUUUUUAAGUGACCUUUUUUGUUACGGAACUACAUUUCACUAAGUCUUAUCACUGAGUCUGUGUUAGACAUUGAUUUAAUAUAUUAAUAUAAAGUGUCACUUUUCCUAAUGUUGCUUGUUACAUUGUCCUCUGAACAGAACCACAGAACAAAGAAACAGUGUGACUGAAAAGGAACUUUGGAGAUUUUGGACCUUCAGGCAAAGAACAACUAAUUAUUGAUCAGGGCUGGUGCUGAGCGAAUGAUUUGUGAUCAUUUAUGAUGCAAGGGCUGUCCCUCUGUUUCAUUUUGCUUCGCAAAUCUAUGAUUAUGGUUACCAUGUUUAACCGGUUAAGUGUUAAAUUGCAGACCUGUUGUAGACUGUUGGAAAUGUUACAUUUGCCACAGUUUAACUCUUUAAAGUGCCAGUGUGAAUUCUGUUUUUCUUACGAAAAGCGAUGUAUGUUUUGAGAUUUCUUGAAAAAAAAAAGAUGAGGAGAAACAUGCUGUAUGUACAGGAUAAAAUGGGGACCUUUGUGUGUUCAGCGACAUCUCCUGCACUUUUAUAAGGAGUGUAGUUCAUGGUGUCUAAAUGUCAUGUUUUAUAAACUAAUCCAGAGGUAAAGAUGUUUUUAAGAAAUAAAAAAGUAAUACAGAUUUUUCAUGCACAGUUGUAGUUUGCAAAGAAAUAUUUCCUGUUUAAAAAUGUUUUGUAAAAUUGUCAUGAUUAAAUAAAAACUUGCAGUUAAGCAUA